CGGCGGGAAGCUGAAGAGGGGACCCGAGUCACCGCCACCGACGCCCCGCGCGGGCCCGCGUCCCGCCAUGAAGUUUCGGGCCAAGAUCGUGGACGCGGCGUGUCUGAACCACUUCACGCGGGUCAGUGCCACGAUAGCCAAGCUGGCCAAGACGUGCACACUCCGCAUCAGCCCGCAGAAGCUGAACUUCAUCCUCUCCGACAAAGUGGCCAGCGGGGGCGUGAGCAUGUGGUGUGAGCUGGAGCAGGAGAACUUCUUCAGUGAAUUCCAGAUGGAGGGCGUCUCUGCAGAAAACAACGCCAUCUACCUAGAGCUGACCUCGGAAAAUCUGUCUCGGGCGUUGAAGACGGCCCAGAAUGCCAGAGCCCUGAAGGUCAAGCUGACGAACAAACACUUCCCCUGCCUCACCGUGUCCAUAGAGCUGUUGUCUGUGUCGAACAGUAGCCGCAUUGUGACACACGACAUCCCCGUUAAGGUUAUUCCUAGAAAAUUGUGGAAGGAUUUGCAAGAACCUACAGUCCCGGACUCCGACGUCAGCGUCUAUCUUCCGGUCUUGAAGACGAUGAAGAGCGUCGUGGAGAAAAUGAGGAACCUCAGCAAUCACCUUAUUAUCGAAGCAAACCUAAGUGGAGACUUGAACUUGAAAAUAGAAACAGAACUAGUGUGUGUUACAACUCACUUUAAAGACCUGGGGAACCCUCCAUUGGCCUCUGAGGACGCCUCCCAGGACCGAGACCCAGCGCAGAUGGCUGAAGUACGCAUAGACAUCCGGAAGCUUCUGCAGUUCCUCGCUGGGCAGCAAGUGAACCCCACGCGGGCCGUGUGCAACAUUGUCAGCAACAAGCUUGUCCAUUUUGAUUUGCUCCAUGAAGACGUGUCCCUGCAGUACUUCAUCCCGGCCUUCUCCUAGCCGGCCUCUGGCCACGCGUGUCUGCGCUUUACUCUGCCCCACCGUGAUAGUCUAGCUAAAAACUGAGUUCAUGGAAGACAGCUGGAUAAACAUACUUCUUUAUGUGA